CUCCGGAGAUGUGAGGGACGAGGUUCAAACUUCAAACUUUAUCCUGCUCCAAAAACAAAAACAACAAGCGCGCGGGAAACGACUUCGAGGCUCGCGGCUGGAUUAUAUUUUAACAUGCAUCCGGUCUCCAGAUGAGCAACAGAUGAACUCCAUGAGGUCCAGUCAGCUGACGAAAGAGGAGUGACCACUUCACCCUCCUCCUCCUCCUCCAUCUACGUGCCAUUGAGGCUACAGAGGCGCCCUUUCGGCCCGCCUCAUUAUCGUCACCAUUUCCUCUCCUAGUUGGACCCCCAGAAGUGCUUCAAAACUGUUUCUCCAACGCUUUUUCCAGAAACUUAGACUGUUUUCCAAAGCAGAAGCAGCACAGCCCUCCCAGACUGAGGUGAUGGGAAGCGUGCGAGCCAGCCGCUACAGCAUUGUGUCAUCAGAGGAGGACGGCAUGAAGCUCGCCACUAUGGCGGUUUCCAGCGGCUACGGGAACGGCAAGAGCAAGGUGCACACGCGGCACCAGCCGCAGAGCCGGUUCGUGAAGAAAGACGGCCACUGCAACGUGCAGUUUGUCAACGUGAGCGAGAAGGGCCAGCGGUACUUGGCCGACAUCUUCACCACAUGCGUGGACAUCCGCUGGCGGUGGAUGUUCAUCAUCUUCUGCCUCGCCUUCCUCCUGUCGUGGCUGUUCUUUGGCUGCAUUUUCUGGCUGGUGGCCAUCUUCCACGGCGACUUGGAGAACAAUGGCCAGAAGUGCGUCUCCAACGUGAGCAGCUUCACCGCUGCCUUCCUGUUCUCCAUCGAGACGCAAACCACCAUUGGCUACGGCUACAGAUACGUGACGGACGAGUGCCCGGUCGCCGUCUUCAUGGUGGUUUUCCAAAGCAUCGUGGGCUGCAUCAUCGACGCUUUCAUCAUUGGCGCCGUUAUGGCGAAGAUGGCGAAACCCAAGAAGAGAAACGAGACUUUGGUUUUUAGCCAUAACGCCACGGUGGCCAUGAGGGACAACAAGCUCUGCCUGAUGUGGCGUGUGGGCAACUUAAGGAAGAGCCACCUUGUGGAGGCGCACGUGCGGGCGCAGCUUCUGAAGUCCCGGACGACGGCAGAGGGGGAGUACAUCCCCCUCGACCAGAUGGACAUAGAUGUCGGCUUCGACAGCGGAGUCGACCGCAUCUUCCUGGUCUCCCCCAUCACCAUCGUCCACGAGAUCAACGAGGACAGCCCCUUCUACGAUAUGAGCAAACAGGACCUGGAGACCUCUGAGUUCGAGAUCGUGGUCAUCCUGGAGGGCAUGGUUGAGGCGACCGCCAUGACCACACAGUGCCGCAGCUCCUACAUUGCCGGCGAGAUCCUCUGGGGCCAUCGGUUCGACCCGGUGCUCUUCGAGGAGAAGAACUACUACAAGGUGGACUACUCACGCUUCCACAAGACGUACGAGGUGCCGAGCACCCCGCUGUGCAGCGCCAGGGACCUUGCAGAGAAAAAAUACAUCCUCUCAAACUCCAACUCCUUCUGUUACGAGAACGAGAUGGCGCUGGAGAACAAAGAGGACACGGAUGAGGGGAACGGGGGCAGCGUCGGGCCCGACGGCACCCAGACAGACAACAUCUCUGAGACCGAACACAGCCAGGCCACGGUGCCGCCGGAGCCCCGGCCUCUGAGACGAGAGUCAGAAAUAUGACUGUUCGGAGCUAAGACCUCACGCGAGGGAUUUUUCUAAAAAAAAAAAAAAAAAAAUCACCUCUCUGCUCCGAAGGGCACAACGAGCCGAGCUGGGCCUUUUGGGUAGAGGACAAGCUGAACGGUACUGCUGUAAGGGGGGCGGCAAAGGUUUAGGACUUUGUAUGCAAGGGUCUGCUUGGCUGCAUACAGUAUGACAAAACACGGCACUAUGAACCAUGUGCAUAUUGCAGGAAGAAUUCUCCACGAAGGCCCCAUGAAUGUGUGCUCAGUGUCGGGUGACCGCAGCACGACCGGAGAGGAAAGGAGCUUGUUGAGGACUUUGAAAACGUGCAGGCAUGUCUCAGUUUGUCUGUCCGGCAUGAAUAAGACACUUUCACAAAAGGGUUUUCUUUUUUUUUAUAGUUAGAACAUGUUCGCAAAGUGCUGCUAGAAAAAAAGUUUAACUGUGUGCCUUCUCAUAGAACCAAAGAGAACACGAGCGGUCGAUGUCUGGAACAAAGAAGGUACACGUAGAGUAUUUUGUUCACGAGCUGGUCUCACAGAGGUCUGAAUAAACCGCACCGAAACAUUUCUGAAUGCAAAGAAGUCUCCUGCUUUGUCCUUUUUAUGCAGUUUUCGAUCUAAGAGACUGUUCAUUGCUGGUCAGACCGAUAGACACAUGCCUGCUCAUGUCAAGAGACGGAGUAUUAACGGCAUCAAACUGACAGAAGAAUCACUAAUUUAAACAGAGACCGGGGUAAAUAUGAGAAUCUGAAUGUUCUUAAAAGUGCUGCUAUGAUGUUGCUUCUUUUUAUUUCUUUUUUUUUUUAUUUUUUACGAUUGAUAAAUAAGAUACCAGAGAGUAUUAUUAUCAUAGAUAUGUGUUUCUUAAAAACAACACCUUCUUAGAUUUGGUACAGAGAAGUAGAAACGUUUAGGUUUGUUUUUCAAGAAUGUGUGUACAGUUUUAUCUUUUUUAUUUUUUUUAACUUUUUUAUCUUGAGCCACUUCAUCAAGCCUUAAUCUGGAAAAGGGAGAAAGUGAAGAUGUAUAAAUCCACCAAAGUGGCAAAGGCUUUACUACACAGGACGGUAAACAGGAAGCAGUAGCUCUGUUGUGUUUGAACUAAAAACAACAACGCACUGAUGUUAUGGACGAUUUUUAAGCGUCAACUUGAACCACAAAGUUGAUUUUUAUUUUUAUUUUUUUUAUCCAAACUUGCUUUUCAAAAGGCAAUAAAAUAUGAUGAAAUCUCCUUUCUAAUAUCUGAAUCUGAUACAGUGUUAUGAUUGGAGAUUGUAUGAAUUAGUUUCUUGCAAAAAUAUCAAAUCAAAGUAAAAACAUUUUCUAUCCCUUUUUUUUAAGCCGUUAUCAUCGUCUCUUUCAUUCCCUGUUGUACUGCUUCUGUUUUACUUGAGGAUGGGGGAUCCGAGAGCGUAGUUCGAAGCCAAAUGUACUGUAACCGCGGCGAUUGAGGGUGACUGCACAAGAGUUUGCAUCAAUACAAAUUUAUAUCCUGUAUCCUUAUUUUGUGUGUGUUACUGAAGGCCGUACAUGUGUAAAUACCUCCCUCCCUGUUGCAGUUCUUUUGUACCAGUCUUCCAAAUGUACUGAAAAAAACCACGGAAUGUACAGAUUUUUGUAUUAAUAUUAAUAUUAUUAUUGUACAUGAUAUUAUAUUGUUCUUUUUUCAA